UUUUUUAAAAAAAUCCAGAGAUGGAAGUGAAACUUAACCCUGGCCUAUGACCUUCCACCAAUAGGACGAGAACCAAAAGGAGAGAGAUCGGGGAGGCGACUUCAGUUUCCAUAUUACGGAUAUACCCUUCCUCCAUCCGCUUCCACCACUACCAUAAUAAUAUAUCACCAUGCCUCCUCCUCCUCCACUUCCUCGCCUCGCCGGCCUCUCUCAUGCUGCACCCUGCCGAUCUCCACAACCACAAGCACACGCACGACCACUUGUUGCUGUAGAGUUGCCUAUAACUAGCAGCGACCGAGCACCUAGCUAGAGCGAGAUCGGCCGAGCAAUGAGCUCGGGAGGCGGAGCCAGCAGCGCACUCUGCGGCGGGGGCGGGGGCGGUGGCGCCGGAGGAGGAGUGGGAGGGGGGCCAAGCGGAAGCGGUGGCGGCGGGCCGUGCGGCGCGUGCAAGUUCCUGCGGCGCAAGUGCGUGAGCGGGUGCAUCUUCGCGCCCUACUUCGACUCGGAGCAGGGCGCGGCGCACUUCGCGGCGGUGCACAAGGUGUUCGGCGCCAGCAACGUGUCCAAGCUUCUCCUCCAGAUCCCGGCGCACAAGCGCCCCGACGCCGUCGUCACCAUCUGCUACGAGGCGCAGGCCCGCCUCCGCGACCCCGUCUACGGCUGCGUCGCCCACAUCUUCGCCCUCCAGCAGCAGGUGGUGAAUCUCCAGGCCGAGCUGACCUACUUGCAAGCCCACCUGGCGACGCUGGAGCUGCCGUCCCCGCCACCGCUAAUGCCGGCACCGCCGCAGAUGCCGAUGCCGGCGCCGUUCUCCAUCUCGGACCUCCCGUCGUCGACGAGCGUCCCGACCACCGUAGACCUCUCCGCCCUCUUCGAUCCACCACCGCAACCACAAUGGGCACCGCUCCAGCACCAGCCGCAGCAGCACCAUCACCACCAACAACAACAUCAGCUGCGACAGCAGUCAUACGGCACGCUGGCCAGGGCGGCAUCCGGGAUGCCGGCGGAGAGCUCGGGAGGCGGCGGCGGAGACCUACAGGCUCUGGCAAGGGAGCUCCUGGAUCGCCACCGGUCCGCUGUGAAGCAGGAGCCGCAGCCACCGCCGCCGCCGCAUUCAAGAUCAUGAAAAGCGCUGGUGACUGAUCGAAGCGCUAAGAUUUGGUGCAGCAUGGACAGAUAAGUUCGCGGCAACGUCGUCGAAGAAGCUAGCUAGCAAGGGAUCGAUUGAUGGAACCGGCCGGCCGGCCGGUGAUGGCGAGUAGGUCAGCAGGAGUAGGUAAGCAGCAAUGGCCGGUUUUCGCGCGCGUAUCCGCCUUGUUGUUAGCCGAUCGAGGGUGCAAGAAGCUGCCCACUUGCUUGUGGCUUUGCUUCAAUUCUGCAGGCUGCAGGAGAGGAAGGUGGCAACGGGGGAGCGUCAGUAGUAAUAGUAGCUUGACAUUUAGGAGUAUAGCAUUUGUCACCGUUCCAUUAAUUGCAAGAUUUUAAGAAGCAUCUGUUCCUGGUAACUGCUGAUAAAGAGGGAAAAAAACUGAUUUUUUUUGGUCGCGCUGGAGAUUAAAUGUGAGUUGUGAUGGUUAUGGAGGAAUUUGGGCUUACGGUCUCCAUGUUGUAGCUAGGAAUGGAUGCAUUUUAUGUGAAGAUCUUAAUUAGGUAUUGAUUCCUUUACUGUGCCAAAAUGAUUUUUGAAAAACAUAGAUCAGGUAUAGGGACAAUGGUUAUCACAACACCCAUGCACAAA